AAAUGUACUCUAAAAGACGAUGAAAAGCCAAAUAGUUUGGGUUUGGACUCGAGUGGUGUUGGAAAUGCCAUAAAACUGGAAGUAGUGUCGAGUCAGUCACGGGUUAGCGUUACCAUCGAUGGCGCGACUAUUUUGGAGGACACGGAUGAGGGCAAAGGUCGAGGCAUUCAUGUGUUGGUAUUGCAUCAGACGACUGGUUCAGUGAUGGCUCAGCGCCUGUUCGACACGUAUUCGCCACAUGAAGACGAAGCCAUGUCUUUGUUCUUAUCGAUGGUAACGGACGGAAGGAUAAUCAUAAUGUGUAUCAAAGACGAGGGAACGUUUCAGAUGAAACAGUCGACUAGGGAUGUGCUCAAGAGGUUGGGCUCAUUGCGAUCUCAGCAGAUCGGCUGGAGAGACAUGUGGGCAAUGGUUAGCCAAAAGGGGGGCAAAAUUUUGGCCGAAAGUUAUAGCCGUUCGCCGGAGUUCAACAGUUGGGGCGCACCGGUAGUGCUUCGGGUAGAAAUUGGGUUGAGUACUGUCUCUCAGAGUGAAUGCGAUUGGAGUGAAAGCGAAGAGAAUUUGCGCCGAAAGAGUUUUUGUUCCCGAAUUGAGGGCUACGGCAGUGUCUGCAGCUGUUCAGAGCCGGCGCCACUCAAUUUGGCCCCUCCUGUCCACCUGUCAGACCCCAUCUCAUCGGUUCCGGUAGCUAUUGUCGCCUCCAAUAGACCUCAUUAUUUGUACCGAAUGCUGAGGUCGUUGUUGUCCUCUGCGGGAUGUAAUCCAUCGAUGAUCACUGUAUUCAUCGAUGGCUACUUUGAAGAGCCCCUGGAAGUGACUAAACUGUUUGGUCUAAGAGGUAUCCAACACACGCCCAUUGGUGUGGGUAACGCACGGAUCAGUCAGCACUAUAAGGCCAGUCUGACGGCUACUUUUAAUUUGUUUCCCGACUCCAAGUAUGCCAUCGUUUUGGAAGAGGAUUUAGACGUUUCGCCAGAUUUUUUCCAAUACUUCUCGCAAACAAUGAGACUCUUGGAUGAGGACGAGUCUCUGUAUUGCAUCAGUGCGUGGAAUGAUCAGGCAUACGAACACACCAGCCAUGACCCACACCUCCUCUAUAGGGUGGAGACAAUGCCCGGCUUAGGUUGGCUUCUCAGUAGACCAUUAUAUAAACAACAGUUAGAGCAGAGUUGGCCCACACCUGACAAGUUAUGGGACUGGGAUAUGUGGAUGCGAUUGCCCGACAUUAGACGCCAACGUGAAUGUGUCGUUCCCGACGUCUCCCGUACCUAUCAUUUCGGCUCAUCUGGACUUAAUAUGAACUCAUAUUUUCAAGACAUUUAUUUCAAGAAACACGCCUUCAAUACAAUGCCUGACAUUGUCCUCAAAGAUGUCGACAGUGUCAAGAAAGACAAUUACGAGCGCCUUAUCCAUGAUUUACUGCGCAAAGCAAUAGUCGUCGACCACUCAAAAAGUCCGUGCGAACAGUCAUUCAUUCCCGACACCAGAGGCCAGAUAUAUGUAGUGUUCAUUAAAAUGGUUGCUCCGAAAGAUUACUCGACGUGGCUAUCACUGGCCAAGUGCUUCAAGAUAUGGGAUUUGGAUGCCAGAGGGUAUCACAACUCGAUGUGGAGGUUUCACUAUAAGCACAAUCAAAUCCUGGUCGUAGGCGUUCCCAACAGUCCCUACUCGUAUGACAUUCAUAUUAUUAAUUUAACAUAUAUUUACUUAUUUUUGUAUUAUAGUUCAUACAAACCCUCUCACGUAACGCCUAUUUAUUUCUCAAAACAAAUUGUAAUUAAAAAACCGACUAAAAGAUGA